UCCAGGAAGGAACAAGAAAGCACAGGUUUUCUGGUCUUUAGUGUUCGGUAUGAUGAUAUUAAGAUAUUUUCUCCCCUUUAUAGUUUUGCUGCUGAGCAGGUGUGAAAGCUCUCUUAGUGGCAAAGUGCUGGUGCUUCCUGGUGAAUACAGUCAUUGGCAAAAUAUGCGUGCGAUUGUGGAGGAGCUUGUCGAUCGGAAUCACAACGUGACUGUUCUGGUACACACAGCCUCACCUACGGUGAAACGUUCGCAACAGGAGCGCUUUGAAUACAUGGUUUUUAAAGUGAACAUGGAACAAGAAGAUGCUCAGCAUCUGUGGCAGAGCUUUAUCGCUGCAUGGAUGAGUUAUGAUUCAACUAUGUUUCAGAAGGUGUCUUUAUAUUGGAACGUUUUGUCCGGAUUUAUGAUUUAUGUUAAGGAAGUUUGCUAUGGAAUACUCAAUGAACAACUGAUAACUUUGCUUAAAGAGUCACACUAUGAUGUGAUUUUCUAUGAUCCAAUGAUGCCAUGCAGUGACCUGUUGGCAGAGACGCUCGGUGUGCCCCACGUAGUGUCUCUGAGACUCACUUUAGCGUACUACUAUGAGCGUAUGUGCGGACAGAUGCCAGCUCCGCCAUCAUACGUGCCUGCCGUAGCCAGCCAGGCGCAUCUCACAGAUCACAUGGAUUUCACUGAGCGAUUAGAGAACAUGUUGCUGUACAUUGCUCACACAGCUAUAUUCAGACUACAAUCGAUGUUUAUGUUUGAUAGGCAUUACACCAAAAUAAUGGGCAGACCCACAACCUUGUGUGACACUGUGGGAAAGGCUGACAUCUGGUUGAUCAGAUCCUAUUGGGACUUUGAGUAUCCACGACCAUUCCUGCCAAACUUCAAGUUUGUGGGUGGACUACACUGCAAGCCUGCAAAGCCUCUGCCUAAAGCGAUGGAGGAGUUUGUUCAGAGCUCAGGGGUUGAUGGCAUUGUGGUGUUUUCACUGGGAUCCAUGGUAAAGAACCUCACCAAAGAGAGAGCCAACACCAUCGCUUCAGCACUCGGGCAGAUCCCUCAGAAGGUCUUGUGGAGAUACUCAGGAGAGAAGCCUGACACUCUCACUCCUAAUACAAGAAUGUAUGACUGGAUUCCCCAGAAUGAUUUACUAGGACAUCCUAAAACCAAGGCCUUCAUCACCCAUGGUGGGACUAAUGGGCUGUAUGAAGCUAUUUACCAUGGAGUCCCAAUGGUGGGUUUACCACUGUUUGUUGAUCAGCCAGAUAACAUGAACCACAUGAGAACAAAGGGAGCAGCUGUAAUCCUUGACUUCAACAAAAUGGAAACCAAAGACCUGAAGGAGGCUCUCACCAACGUUAUAUACAAUCAAUCGUACAAAGAGAAUAUAAUGAAACUGUCCCGCAUCCACCAUGAUCAACCUAUGAAGCCUCUGGACCAGGCUGUCUUCUGGAUCGAAUUUGUGAUGCGGAACAAGGGGGCCAAGCACCUGAGAGUAGAAGCCCAUAACCUCACCUGGUGCCAGUACCACUGCCUGGACGUGGCUGCCUUUUUACUCUCCAUAACUGCACUGGUCAUGUUCAUUUUUGUGAAAACAUGCAGUUGGAUCUUCCUUAAAUGUUUAAGAAAGACCACAACAAAGAACAAGAAAGAGUGAAUAAGUUAGUGCAUAUAAUUGUAUUAUUAAUUAUGGAAUAAUUGUAUGUGAGUUUGGGAGCAUCAACAUUAUACUGUGCUACAGUAUCAGCUAUAAUCAUGAAGGUGUUUUAUCUUUGCCCAGUUUAAUACUGAAUGAUGAACCAAGAGAAAUCACAAAACCAAAAAUGCCCACUUGAUGGUGCUGUCCCUAAAUGUUAAGAAAAUUGGAAUAAAUUAUAUACAUGUGUAGGUUUCCAACAAGAAUGUGUGUAAGUACACAUACACACACACAGCUCACAGUGCUGAUUACUUUACAUUCAGUUUAAUUAGAUUUGUGUAGCACAGGAAAAUAAGCAUUUUGGUGUCAGUUCCUAAACUGCAAGCAAAAGAAGAUGCAAGGAAAACCGCCCUUUCAGGUUUAGCCAAAAGCAGUAGGAAAGAAAUAAGACUUUAAUAAUAUAAGGGGAAUACCCGAAAUUGAAGUUCAGGAAACAGAGUAAAUGUAGGCAACAAGGAAGGCAAAAUUGACCAAACAAACAAUUCCAAAGGCAAAGGAUCAAAAAACGGAGUGUAACGGGACUCCAGCCCAUUCCAUGUGGACAAACAGCAGAGCCGAACAUUAGAGGAAUAAUGUGGACAAUACCUGGGGCUGAAAGACUUUUAUUUUAAUUACACCUCUAUCAGAGGGAACAAACCUGCUGUUUGCUGGAGUUUUGUAAAGUUAUUGUAAUUGUCUUACAUUGUUCAAGGUGGUCAACUGACUGUGUAGACAACUACUAGAGUUAAUGUAUAUGUGUAGAUACAGAUAUAUUUAUUAUAAUAACGUAACGGGAGUUUUGGUUCAAAGCAUGUACCUAUUUGUUUUGUUUAGCGGUUGUGAAGGGAUGAGUUAAGAGUCGUGCCCAGAAUUGAGAGAGUUGUAGUUUUGGUUCACAUUAUUGGAGCAGGUAAUUUUCCAAAUAGAAAGCGGGAGGAUAAAAUUGUGAUUAAUGGCUCUGUGUUUGGAUAUGUGUAGUUAUUUUAUUUGGGAUAAUGGGAAAAUGUUUUAAAUGAUAGCCUUGGUUUGGAAUUAUAAGGGAGAGAUAUUAUGAAUUUAAUAAAUUAGGUAUCUAGAAGCCCAUAACCUCACCUAAUCCACCAUGAUCAACCUAUGUAGCCUCUGGACCAGGCUGUCUUCUGGAUCGAGUUUGUGAUGUGGAACAAGGGGGCCAAGCACCUGAGAGUAGAAGCCCAUAACCUCACCUGGUGCCAGUACCACUGCCUGGACGUGGCUGCCUUUUUACUCUCCAUAACUGCACUGGUCAUGUUCAUUUUUGUGAAAACAUGCAGUUGGAUCUUCCUUAAAUGUUUAAGAAAGACCACAACAAAGAACAAGAAAGAGUGAAUAAGUUAGUGCAUAUAAUUGUAUUAUUAAUUAUGGAAUAAUUGUAUGUGAGUUUGGGAGCAUCAACAUUAUACUGUGCCACAGUAUCAGCUAUAAUCAUGAAGGUGUUUUAUCUUUGCCCAGUUUAAUACUGAAUGAUGAACCAAGAGAAAUCACAAAACCAAAAAUGCCCACUUGAUGGUGCUGUCCCUAAAUGUUAAGAAAAUUGGAAUAAAUUAUAUACAUGUGUAGGUUUCCAACAAGAAUGUGUGUAAGUACACAUACACACACACAGCUCACAGUGCUGAUUACUUUACAUUCAGUUUAAUUAGUUGAUUCAGUAGGGUGUUCUGCGCA